AUGUCGAUAGCUUCGCCCGCGCCGCCUAUGACUUUGACACGAAGAGACUCACAAAUUUCAACCAAUUCUGGCUCAGGAAUUCGCCCUCUAAUGCCAGAAAACCCUCGAGUACAAGAAUUAACUGCUUCUAUCGAAAGUAUGCAGCAGAAAAGAAGAAAAGCUGAAGAGGAUCUUUUUCAGGCGGAGGCAGAUCUGAAAGUGAAGAAUUCUGAAGUGAAAAACCUGGAAAUUGAAUUGUUAACUCUCGAAGCGACUGUUAAGCAAUUACGUGUUCAGAGAGUUGAGGCCAACAAACGGCUAAACGAUUUAGAUACCCGUGUGGCAAAGUUAGAGACUGUCUGUAGUGAGAGUCAGAACCGUCUAGAAGAAGAAGAAUCUCGACUUCAAAAAACAAAAGCAGAUAUUCUGCAAGCUCGAGAGAAUUCUGGCCAAGAGGACAUUGUCCUCGAGCAAAUAAGAGCUGAGGCACAGAAACGAAAUGAGAGAUUAGUAGGAGCCAAAACAGCUUUAGAACAACAAAAUACGAAAUUUGUGGCUUUUGUUGAUGAAUUAACACAAUUGGAGCGAAAAAUGGCUUGUCAAGAAACUGAGAGUGGUCGUCUUAAGGAACAGAUGGAACAAAUGCGUCAUAUUCUUGAGGGAGUAGAUGCUAAUGAUGAGAAUUCCAUGAAAGAACUGCUAGAAAAAACGUUUAAGGAGGUGAAAAUAACGCUUUUAUGUAACAUAAUAAUUUUAACUUUUAAGAGUUUGGCAGCUGCAAAUGGGUUACCACUUACUGGAAAUACUUUUAUGGAUCCUUUUAAAAACGGUGAUCCUUUUAUGCCAAGCAAUGUAUCUGGAACAGGCCCAUUUGAAAGUGUUGGCAGUGAUCCAUUUGUAUCAAAAUCAAAGGAAGGAAAAACAAAUACUAACAAUUUCGCUAAUUUUGCAAAGUUUACAAAUUCGUGAAAAAAUAACUCCAAAAAAUCCCAAACAAUUUUAAUUCUCUACCCUUUUUGCAUCCGAUUUUUUGCUUUAUAUCAGGGCUCGGAUUUUACUCAAAUUUCAGCAUUUUACUCAAAAAUCCGCAAACUUGUUGGCUUCAAUACCAAAAAUUCACUUUUUCUGCGCCGCAGGCGAAAAUUUUGAGGAA